AUACUUGUCUUUGGAAAAAAGGUGGAUGUUCCCUAGAAGUAUAUAGUAAGUAUACCAUCUGUCACAGAUUGAGUAGUGUUCAACUUGCAAGUUACUCCUAAUGGAAAACUUGAUCGUUCUCAGUUUUCUCAUCUUCCUCUCAUCAUCUUUCUCCUAUGCUCAAUUUGAUAAUCUAUUCAAGGAUCUCAAUUUGUUUCCUCAAAGGUCUGCUAAUAUCAUUAAUGCCGAAUUUUCUCGCAAACCCUCUGCUCCCAAACUCGUGGAAAGGAAAUUCAAAUUCCCUAAUUUUUACGAUCCUAAUGGUGCCUCUGUUGAACAGCUAGGUCAUCAUGCUGGUUAUUAUCAACUUCAACAUUCUCAUAAUGCCAGGAUGUUCUACUUUUUCUUCGAAUCACGCAAGUGCAAGCAAGACCCAGUUGUUAUCUGGUUAACCGGAGGACCUGGUUGCAGUAGUGAGCUGGCUCUUUUUUAUGAAAAUGGGCCAUUCAAAAUUGCAAAAAACCUUUCCCUUGUAUGGAAUGAGUAUGGCUGGGACCAGGCUGCCAACAUCAUCUUUGUUGACCAGCCUAUUGGAACUGGAUUCAGUUACUCCACUGACAAACGUGAUAUACGACAUGAUGAGGAAGGGGUCAGUAAUGAUUUGUAUGACUUUUUACAGGCAUUUUUUACUGAGCACCCAGAUUUUGCUAAAAAUGACUUCUACAUCACUGGAGAAUCAUAUGCUGGCCACUACAUUCCUGCCUUUGCUGCUCGUGUUCAUAGCAGGAAUAAAUCUAAACAUGGAAUCCUUAUCAAUCUCAAGGGAUUUGCGAUUGGGAAUGGGUUAACUGAUCCUUCUGUACAGUAUCAAGCUUAUCCCGAUUAUGCACUACAGAUGGGGUUGAUCAAAAAAUCCUCCUACAACGCUAUCAAUCUUAUGGUUCCUUUGUGUAAAAUGACAGCAAAACUAUGUGGUACAAAGGGCAAAGCUUCCUGCAUGACUGCAUACCUCAUGUGCAACACUAUAUUUGCAAGCAUUAGAAAGCUAACUGGUGAUACGAAUUAUUAUGAUGUCAGGAAGAAAUGUGAAGGUACGCUUUGCUACGACUUCUCAAACAUGGAGAAGUUCUUAAAUCAGGAAUCUGUUAAGACUGCUCUCGGUGUUCAGGACAUUAAUUUCCUGUCCUGUAGUCCUGCUGUUUACAAGGCCAUGCUAGUUGAUUGGAUGAGAAAUCUUGAUGUCGGCAUCCCAGCUCUACUUGAGGAUGGAAUCCAGUUGCUUGUAUAUGCAGGGGAAUAUGAUCUUAUCUGCAAUUGGCUCGGUAACUCUAGAUGGGUACACAAUAUGGAAUGGAGUGGUCAAAAACAUUUUGCAGCAUCACCAGAGGUUCGUUUUGAAGUUGACGGCUCGGGGGCUGGAAUAUUGAAGAGCUAUGGCCCUCUUAGUUUCCUCAAGGUUCAUGAUGCUGGUCACAUGGUUCCUAUGGAUCAGCCAAAGGCAGCCUUGGAUAUGCUGAGGAGAUGGACACAAGGCACACUUUUAUUGUCAAAUUCCCAGUCUGAACCCUAUUUUCCUGAUAGCCAAAAAGAAACCUUUGUUGCUUCCCAAUGAUCACUUCUAUGAUCCGCCUCACGCACGACAUUUCAUCCUUGCAGCAAUCUAUGUGUGAUCUCUGUUCUUCGCGUUUUUUUUAGUUCACAUUUUUAAGCGACUAUCAAAUCUCAUUGUGAUAAGAAAUCGAGAUUACAACAACACAACAAUAUACCAAUUUCAAGUGACUCUCGUCUAGAUGAAGUUUGGAUAGGAAAAUGUGCUUACUGAAGUAUGAUUUGAACACUUGUAAAUAAAAUUUUAUAGAUACAUACUCUAUAAUCCAAUCUACUAAAAUUAUUAUGUAUUC